AUGACAAUACGAAUAUUUUUCUCUAUAUUUCUUCUAAAUCAUCUAAUAUUUUUUCACCUCUUCAACUUUACCCAUCAAUUUUCCGAAGAGACGAUCAAGUUUUCGGUUUCAGAAGAUGCCAAACUUAACACGAUUAUUGGGCACCUGGAAGCAGAAAUUGGAUACACCUAUAGAUUAUCACGUGGGAAUUCAAAAAUAAAAUUCGAUGAGCAGACACUGGAGCUUUCGGUGUCUUCUCCGUUAGAUCGAGAAUCAGAAAAUGCAAUUGAUAUGCUCAUAAUCACAUCUCCACCAUCGAUUAUUCAUAUUCUUAUUGAUGUUUUGGAUGUUAACGACAAUUCACCGAUUUUUCCAAUCGAUGUACAGAGAGUCGAAAUCCCAGAAACCGCUCCAAUAGGUUGGCGUGUCCAAAUAUCCGGCGCCACGGAUCCGGAUGAGGGCAAAAAUGGAACAAUUGGAAAGUAUGAAUUGGUGGAUUCUUUGGCUACUGUAGACACCAUGUCGCCUUUUGGAAUAGUUCAAUCUGAUGGUUUUCUAUUUUUGGAAGUUACUGGAAAGUUGGAUAGAGAGACAAGGGAUUUGUACUCAAUGAGACUAACUGCUAUAGAUCAAGGAGUUCCUGAGCUAAGUUCAUCCUGCCAUCUCAACAUCUUGAUUCUCGAUAUUAACGACAAUCCACCAAACUUUGGAAUCCGCUCUCUCACCCUUAACUGGAAUGGUCUUCCAAACACUAAAUUGUUCAGUUUGAAUGCAACUGAUUUGGACUCCAACGAGAAUUCUCUUUUAACCUACCGUAUACUUCCAUCGGGACCUACAAGUGAAAUGUUCUCAAUAUCCGAUGAGAACAUCUUGGUCACUCAAAAUAAUACCGAAUGUUUGCAACGAUGUGAGUUUGUAGUUGAGGCAAGGGAUUCUGGUGUACCUCCAUUGUCUACCACAUUGAAUAUUGUUGUUAAUAUGGAAUAUGGAAAUGAGCAUGAACCAAAUAUUAAUAUAAGAUUCUACCCAUCUGAUUAUCCAUUUAUUAUUGUGCAACCAGAAGAUGUGAAUGGAAAGACUUUGGCGAUUCUUUCGAUUACCGAUUCAGAUGGUCCCUUGGGCGCAAAUUCCACAAUUUGGAUUGAAAAUGGAAAUGAGCAAUCAAUUUUCUCCCUCAUUUCUCGACAAUCCAUCAACAUUCUGACGGUGAAACACGUAGAAAAUGCGAACCAAGAGCAAUACAUUUUGGAGUUUCGAGCCAAUGAUGGCCAGUCACCGGCGGAUAGAAUUACUAGAAAAGAACUGAAAAUAUUUUUCAAAAAGUAUGUAAAAUCUACACAAAUUCAUGUUGAACGAGAAUCCCAUGUGACAGUUGAAAAAGAUACAGUACCUGGAAGUUUUGUAGCACACGUGGAAACGAAUUGCACCGAUAUGUGUAGUUUUGAACUGGCGAAUUCGGAUGUUUUCAAGAUUGAUCCUUUCAAUGGUAUUAUUGUUACAUCAUCAAUUCUUCCGGAAGGUGUUACAAGCUAUCAUCUUCCAAUUCGAAUCCAUCUCCCACCUCCAUCAACACAACUUGUGGAAGCUGAUGUUUUUGUGAAAGUCAUUCAAGAAUCUGUGCCAAAAAACUUAAUAAGAAGCUCGGAGAGCCCAAUCCAUCUUAAACGAGCUUACACGUUUACCACGUGGCAAGACGUUUCAUUGGGCACUGUAAUUGGCAGACUGCCAAAAGCACAGAUAUACUCAACAAUUGACACAGUGUCGGAGCUAGGUGUCUUUCCGGACGGAUCAGUUUUUGUAGGAAAAACUAUAACCAGUGAUUUUGUUACAUUGCCAGUUACACUUGUGAACAGAAAUACUACCCAAACUUCCAUUAUAACAUUAAUCGUAAAACCUUUGAACCAACAUUCCCCAAUCUGCCAAAUCACUGAAAUUCAUGUGUUGGAAAAUGCACCAAUUGGAACAAUAUUUGGCAGAAUACAAGCUCGUGAUGAAGAUUCUGGACUUAGCGGUGUCGUUUCCUAUAAAAUCUUAACCAAGUCAGAUGAUUAUGAUGGAAUUUUCCAUUUGGAUUCAACAUCUGGAAGUUUGCGAAGUUUGAAAGCAUUUGAUGCGGAAAAGAAAAGAAGUUAUACCUUUGAAUAUGAAGCAAAAGAUCUUGGAACCCCAUCAAAAACGACAAAUUGCCCUGCAACUAUUUUCAUAGAAGAUGUUAACGACAAUGUUCCAAAGUUUGGAUCCAGAUAUUAUACUGCCACAAUAUCUGGUAAAUCCAAUGAAACUGUAGCGAUUGUGCAAGCAAAUGAUAAUGAUGUGGAUGUCAAAAAUCAAAAACUUCAAUAUCAUCUUCUAAAUUAUCAUGACUUUUUCCAAUUGGACAAAGAAACAGGAAAAGUUACAACAAUUCAAGAUGUACCUAUGACUUGGCAAAGAUUGAAUAUUAGUAUAUCCGCUGUAAAUAUGGAUUCCGAAAGAUUUUUACAAUCAAAAACGUUUCUAUUGGUGACUGUUACAUCCUCGAGCAAAUUGGCUGUUCAAUUGAAUUCUGGAAAUUUGAUUCGUAUUUUCAAGAAUGACAAGAUCGGAGAAAAAGUUGGUCACCUAGAUAUAGCGUCUUCUGAAACGGUAUACUGGAGCACACUGGAUCCAAGAUUACACGUGGAUUCGUCUGGAAAUAUAAUUCUGAUUCGAAGAAAUGCUAAGCAAGCUUCAACGGGAUUUGAUAUCAUUUUAACAUCAGAAAAUGGUGAAAAAACUGAGAAAGUUAAUUUUGAAGUUGAAUUCGUUGAUUCCGAACGAUCAGAAGACGUAGAAAAAGUUAUGGACAUAGUUCUGAAUGAAAACACCACUGAAGUUUCGAAUCUUAUGAACGAUUGGAAAAAUUGGAAGAUUUCAAGAGUUAUUUUGGAAAACGCUAAUAAUUCGGGGAACAAUACUUUUUUCUUAGAACACAAAAAGUUGUGGCGGACGAAAAAUGCGACAGUAUCCAAUGCCUACAUUAUUUUGGAAUCAGAAGAUCAAGAAGGCUCUCCUAAGUCAUUCAAGCUUCUCCAUGUCACCACGAGCCCUUCUCCAAGCUCCGAGAGCUCCUGCAUUUCACCGGCUCAUCUCAUAUCUCCUCCAUCUACCGUACCUCUUCCAAGCAACUGUUCUAAUGUGAAACUUCAAAAUCUGAAGACAUCACUCCAAAUCCACGAGAACAAUUUGUUGAUUCCCACACAAUCAGAACUGAUAAAUCACGUGGAUUUGGUUUCUACUCAGAACUCGGACAUGAAACCGUUUAUGAUGACUUUAAUCAAAGAUUAUUUGUCAGAAGAUGUUCGAUUUUCAACGAAUAAUGUAUUAAUGCUUCUAUCGUCAAUACAUCCAAUUGGAACAUCAUUUGGAAGAGUGACUGCAGAAUCUGGAUAUAGAAUACGAUAUUAUAUAGUUGGAACUGACAAGAUAUCAAUUGAUGCUGACACCGGAGAACUGAUUUUGAAGGAGAGAUUUUAUAGAAAUUUGAAUGAUAUUCUCAUUGUGGCUGUUAUUCCAAAAGGAAUUGCUAAAGCUAAGAUCACCAUUGAAGUUAUUGAAGAUCGUUUGAUACUUCCUCAAUCAAAUUUUUUCAUUCCAUCUCCACCAUCCUUCAACUCAAAAUCCAAAAUUGGUAAAAUACCAAUUGAUCGUGAUGACGUCACAAUUGAUGUAAUUGAUGAGCACUUCUACGUUAGAAAUUUUGAAAUCUUUGUAAAACGGCAUUUCAUCCCAAACUCCAAUUUUUACGAUUUAAAAGGAACUGUCAAGAAGGGAAAACUAAGUGCACCAAUCAGUGUGACCUUAUUUUUUGGAGAAAAAAUGAAAAGCAGAGAGAUUCGAGAGAAUGAGCUGAUGUUUGAAAUUGAAGAGAAUUCACCAAUUGGAACCGUUGUUGGAGUUGUUCCAAACUCGGAUACCACUAAAUAUCGGCUGGUUGAUCCGACGUGCGGCCUUCUGAUUGAUCAAGAAGGAAUAAUCAGAACAACAACUGUAUUCGAUCGAGAGAAUACAUCACUUCUCAAAACAAAAAUGAUUGAGCCUUCUGAAAAUAGAAUAUGGAAUUUACUAAUAUUUAUUGCUGACGUCAAUGAUAACAAGCCAAAGAUCCUGAAUGCUCCUGGAAGAAUAAUUGUAUACGAUGACCUGAACUACAAAUUGGAAUGGGAAGAUUUAGAUGCGAUUGCCUCAGAUGUCAGCUUCUCCAUUGUAGAUGGUGAUGUAUUUGGUAAUCUAGAAAUUGAAGAUUCAGGAGUAAUAUCCCUGAACUCAAUUCCUAACGAGUCCUUCAAUGCAACUAUCAGAAUAUAUGACAACCGACCGCCGUUCAAGGUGCACUUCGAUGAUGUCACAAUUGAAUUUCAAGUAACCCAAAAAUUGAGAGCAGUGACAUGUGAAGAUGCUGAAUUUUGGAUGUUCUUUGGAAACGAAGAUGUUGGAAUGUUGAUUGCGUCGGAAAUUGUAACAUGGAGAAUUGUGCCACAAAUUGGAAGUGAUUCAUUUAAAAUUGAUCCCAUUACUGGUAUUAUUCAAUCAACACCGAAUACAAAACCUACCAGCGACAUCGCUAAACUGAAAAUUCAAGCGAUUUCCUAUGAUGGGGAACGAGUUGGAUUUUGUGAUGUAAAGAUACAUAUCGACAAAGCUGCAUUCGUAGAAAAUGUGGUGCUUUCAAAUGGAACAUUCGAGUUUAACAUCUCUGAGACUGCCGAUAGGUUCACAGAAGUUGGAAAAAUUGUAAUAUUGGGAGCUGGUUUGGAAGGCAGCGUAUUUCGAAUUCAGGACAAUGAUUAUAACUUCACAAUUUCUCCAUUUGAUGGGACAAUUUUCACAAACUCUCCGUUAGAUUUUGAAAAUAUCAAGACCUAUCGAUUUAACAUCACAGCCGGAAAGUCGACAAGUCAAGUUAUAAUUCAUGUUACUGAUGAAAAUGAUGAAGCUCCACGGUUCAUUACGGGAGAUGUUGUCAAUUUGAAAGUUUUAGAAGAGCUGGAUACAGUAUCCUAUCCUCUGAUUAUUGGAAGUUCAAUUGCAGAAGAUUUGGAUGAAGGACAGAAUGGACUUGUGACGUAUAGUAUACUCUCAGGGAAUACAAGUUUGUUUGCAGUCAAUUCUACGACAGGUGACAUUCUCUCAUUGAUUCCUUUGGAUCGUGAAGAAUCAUCACUUCAUGAGCUUCUUAUUGAAGCUAAAGACGCAGGAAUACCGUCACUUUCAGCGACCUCCAAAAUUUUGAUCCACGUGGGCGACAUCAACGACAAUACUCCAGAGUUUGAGCUCUCUUCGUAUUUUAUAAAAAUUUCUGAGAACUCGAAGAUUGGGUCCAAAAUCAUCAGAAUUCUGGCAACCGAUAAAGACAAGGAUGCCGAACUGCAGUAUUCUCUGGAGAGUAACGAUGAGAUAACGAUCCCAUUUCGUAUCAACGUGGCCACCGGUUGGAUUACGGUUGCUGGGAAAGUUAACCGAGAAGAAAACGAAGAGUUCAGAUUCUUUGUGAAAGUAACAGAUGGAGAAAAAAGCUCAAAAGUGAUUGUUGAAAUUCAUGUGGAAGAUUUUAAUGAUAAUCAUCCAAUGAUUAAUGAUAGGAACAGUGAUAUAUUUGUUCCUGAUCCUACACGAAGUGUAGAGAUCAUUCACGUCAUAAAUGUUCAUGAUUUGGAUAAAUCUGAUCAUUUGAAGUUUUCCCUAAAUAAUUCAAAUUUAAACUUAUCUGAAAACGGAGAAAUAACCCUCAAAUCACCACUACAGACGGCCGUGCCAGUCAGAGUUACUGUCUCAGAUGAUGCAGGUCACGUAGCAUUUAUGGAAUACUUAUUUCAUCCUCAUUCAAGAAAACAUUUCCCCGUUUUCGUUGAGAAACUGGAUACAGUCAGUGUUCGGGAGCAUGACGAGCAAGAGUUGGCAGUUUUCAAAGCUAAUGGAGAUUCGAUUCGGUAUUCAAUUGUAAGCAGAUGCAGUGAUCAUCUCGAGAUGGAGAAAAGUACAGGAAUAUUGAAAACAAAAUCAAGUUUGGACGCUGAAGAGUAUUCGGAAUGCCUUGUUUUCAUUAUUGCCACUACCUAUUUUGACAAUAAACCACUCUCCACUAUCACAAAAGCUACUAUCAAAAUAGUUGAUAUCAAUGAUAACAGCCCCCGAUUCGACCAGCAACUGUAUCGUUUUAAUGUUACCGAAAACUCAGGUCCAAAAUUAAUUGGUCAUGUAAUUGCAAGGGAUAUUGACAGAAGCUCAAGAGUAUUUUAUGAGAUAGUUGGAGGUGACGCGAAUCACGAAUUUAUGGUCACAGAGAGUGGACAAAUUGAAUCAGUUCGAGAUCUUGAUCGAGAGACAAAAUCAGAAUAUCAUUUGAUUGUUGAAGCUAUUGAUGAUGGAAAACCUAGAAGACGUGGGAAUACAACUGUUAUUGUAACGGUUCUGGAUGAAGAUGACAAUGCUCCACGAUUCUCGAGAAUAUUCCACGUGGAAGUUCCAGAGGACGUAAGAAUCGGAGAACCAGUUAUUCAGCUAUCAGCUUCAGAUGCCGAUGAGCACUCGAAUCACAGAUUUGAAUUGGAUGGAGGUGGAGAAGGUAUCCCAUUUAGAGUUGAUGAGAAUACUGGGAUGGUAUUUGUGAAUGAUUCUUUGGAUUUCGAAAAGAAACAAAGUUAUCGUAUAAAAGUUAAGCUCACUGAUGGAGCCUGGUUAAUCGAAACUAGUUUGUUUGUGAAUGUCAAAGACGUCAAUGAUAAUGCACCAAUAUUCGAAAAACCAGAAUAUUUAUUUAUUUCAGAAGAGAACUCGGCGGAGAUCGGUCAAUUUCAUGCCAGUGAUAUGGAUUCCGAAAACAAUGGAAAAAUUCGAUAUUCGGUUACGUCACCGUAUUUCAAAAUUGAACCGUCUACUGGAGUACUUUCAAGGUUCCGACAACAACUUCCUCAGCCUCUGAUGUCACUGAAAGUAACUGCAACGGAUCAUGGUGUCCCACGUCUACAAAAAACUGUUUUGGCCCAUUUGGUAGAUAAAAGUUCAUUUGGAAAAAUUAAACAGAGAAGAAUUCGGGAAACAACGAAAGUUGGAGAUGUUAUUGGAAAGAAGAUAGAUUCCGGUGCAACUAUUUUCCCACUUGACGUUGCUACAGUAACCCGUGAUGGUGACGUAGUACUCAAGAAAAACGCUACACAAUUUUGGAUUCUUGAAAAUGACACAAUAUAUGAAUUUGUGAAGACUGAUGCAAUGGAGUCCACUAAAAAUGAAAAUAUAACAUUAAACAUCACAUCCGAUAUUUCCAUGUAUCCUCUUCAAGUUGAUGGAUGCUUUGAAAACUUUAUUCUAGUGGAAUCCAGGAACUCAGACAACUUUAAAGUUCUUAGAAAUGGUUCUUUAAUUGUUUUCGGAUUUUCUGGAAAUCAGGCUCAUUUGAAAAUUCAAUGCGAUGAUGGAUUUUGGCCAAAACAGGAUCGAAAGAUUAUUAAUCUUGUUGUUAAUAAUUUGGAUGCUGAUAGGAAUUCUUUCCCGCUUGCAAGACAGCCAACAAUUCGAAAAUCAAUGUCACUUCCAAAAACAAUGAUUUUGAACAUACCUUUUGAUUCUCCUACUGGAACAAUUAUUUGGAAAAAUCUGGAGAAUGCGGUUCAGUAUAUGGAAAAUCAAAAGAAUGUCAAUUUUAGUAAUGGAUCGAAGAAUCUUAUUUUGAAGACUCCAUUGGAAGAAACUAUGCAAAUAGAUAUCUUUGGGCAGAACUUUGAAAGAAGUGCACUUACAAUCACUCCAAACAGGAGCUUAAUGGCUUGUCCAGUUUUCCAGAAGAAUUUUUACUUUUUCGAAUCAGUUGCAAAUCUCGAUUCCAAACAUCCAACAGAAAUUCACAAUUUUGGGUGGAGUUCAGAUGAGAUUAAAGGAUGUCAAAUUGAUAUUUUUGAUAAGACGCACCUCUUCUAUCAAAAUGGUUCCAGCUUGAUCUUUUUGAAACCUCUUCUGCCUGGAACUUAUCAAUUUUCCCUUCAGAUCAAAUCACAGUCCGAUUCAAAAAUUCGAUCGGCUUGCCACGUGGUAGUUACCGUAAUACCACCAACUAACCUCACCACUUGGAAUAUACCAUCUGUGAUAUUUGCCACGAGAAACUACAACAUUCCUAACCUAUUCCAUCUUCCAUCUGGAUACUCUUUAUCUUCCGACCAGCGAACUUUCAGUCUAAUUGGUUCUGGAACAGGGAAGAACAUUUCAAAGUUGAGCAGUGGUGUAUAUCAAGUGAACGUAGUUGGAAAAGAUGAGAAGAAGGAAAUAGUACGAAUUCUUCUUGAUGAUGUAGCAGAUGACGUCACCUCUAAGGAUAUUGAAUACCAUGUCGUAAGCUCCACUUUGUCCAAUUUGAAGAUUCCAACUCCAAUUGAUGUGGAGUGUUUCCCGAGAACAGAAGAAAACCUAUAUGAGAUCACCAAAGACUGCCGCCUUCUUUUCAAUAGUGACGUCAUCAACACAACUAUUCCUGUUGUGACGUCACCAGCUAAUUCCACAUGGAACCUUCGUAUUAUCAAUGAAUCUCCUGAGACAGUCAAAUCCCUUGAAAACAAUGCGGUUAGCCUGGAAAUUAUAACUCAAAAAUCGUCAAUUCCCCGUCUCAUCACUGAUCUCCGUGUCACAUAUUCCGACAUGAAAAUCUAUUGCCUCGGCACGUGGCAGACCUCAGAAGACAUCAAAUAUCAUAUCACAUUUGUAAUUGUCGAUCGAAAUGGUGUUGUUAUUGAGGAAUCUGAAGCUCGCCAAACUUUGACAUCAUUCCUCAAAAAGCAUCGACCAGGGUACUUGGAUUUUGUGGAUUUCGACAAAGAUCCGUGUGAUGGUGUUACGUGUAUUCAGAAGAAUUCUACGUGUCAACCAACUCUGGUUGGCGAUUCAGCCUCGAGACUUGUCUCCAGAAGUUCUUCUGUCAUUUUUGACUUGCCCUUGAAAAAACUGACUGCCCGGUGUUUCUGCUCUAGCGGGAUCGAUUGUUAUGAUGACACAACAAAUGAGACGAUUCAAAAAACUCAAAAAAUCAAUGUUAUCACCACUUGUGAUGACAUAGAUUGUGGUCCUCGUGGCAAAUGCUUCAUGGAAGAAUCAUCUCAACCAAUUUGUCGAUGUGGUCAGGGAUUCGAGAGUAUGUACAGUUGUGAAAGAGCUGAUGACGUGUUUUCAAUGUCUACUGGUGGAAGUGUGGAGAUUUCAGUUAGAAAUGGAACAUCGCAUCUUUUGAAAUGUUCUGAAAAUUGUGAUGGAAGAGAUAUUCAGAAAAUUGAGUUCGACUUCAGAACUGUUCAGUUGGAAAAAAGUGAACUUUUUCGAGUUGAUUUUGGCAAGCAAGUCGCUCUUAUUGAGCUCAUUGGAGGUUCCCUUACCUUUUCAAUCACCGACGCCUACGCUCGUCCGAUCGAGACACGAAUUGAAAAACGUGUGAAUGAUGGUCGAUGGCAUCGUCUUCUAUUUCAAAUGUCAGAGGAUGGACGUCGAAUCUCAAUUCAAGUAAAUGGACGUGGAAAAGAAGUGAAAUCACGUGUACCUCUCCAAAUGCUCUUCACAGCAAAAAAGAUACAACUGAUGACACCUGCCGCAUUUUGUUUCCGACGUUUGCUUGCUCAAAAUCAAUUCGUACAUCCUAUUCUUAAUAGAAACAAGUUUUUUGAAAUAUCAUCAACUGGAACAUCUAGAAAUGAGUGUCAAUUUGAUUCAAUUCAAUCUGGAUCAGGAGGAUUCCGACUGUUUUCCAAUUUCUCGAAUACAACUACACUCAUUCUGCUCAUAACUCUUGCUCUUAUCAGUUUAAUUGGAUUUUCCGUUUGUCUUCUGGCAAUCAGAAGACGAUGGAGACAAAAAUCACCUGGAGAUCAAAAACAAACUGAAAGAAGUAAUGGGUGGACGGGGCAUGUAAUGCCACGUAGAAGAGGACAUAUCAAUCGAUCAAUGGUCAAGUCACCUGAUGACGAUACUUAUGACGUGGCAACUGUUUAUGGAAUGAAAUCGACAUCAACUGAUGACAUCACUCAUAUCUACACAUCUUCAUCAUCACGUCGCUAUCAACCACCAACUGCCCCAUCUUACCGUAGAGACGGGCACAUUAAUAUGGCUUACUUAUAGAGAUAUUUUAUUUUCAUCAUUUUCGAUUCAUUUUUACGGGUUCCUAAAUCUCUGAAUGAUUUCAUGUUUCUAGUCUGUUAAUAUUAUAUUUCUUUGUGCUAUAAACGGUUAGAUAUUUCUGGUUCUAUUAUAUAAAUUCAUUCAAUCAUUCCAACAACAAUUAUUA